CUUUUUAUUUAUAUGUAUAUGUAUGUCUGUGGUGCUUAUUUUGGAGAGACAAGUGGCUUGAGUUGAGUUCGACUUUGAUAGUUAUAAGAACUCAAGGUUAAGGACCACAGAGAAAAACACAGAAGAAAAAAAAAACAUUUGGAAGCAAAAGAUGGGUUACUGGACAACAAAGGUUCUUCCCAAGAUCAAGAAGGUUUUUGAGAAGAAUAGUACUAAGAAAACAGCUGCUGCUGAGGUUUCCAAGACCUUUGAUGAGUCAAAGGAGGGAAUCAAUAAAGAGUUUGAGGAAAAGAAAACUGAACUUCAAACAAAAGUACUUGCGGUAUAUGAAGCAUCUUCAACUGAAAUCAAGAGUUUGGUCAAAGAACGUGAUCAAGCAGGUCUAAAGAAGAACUCAACAGAAGUUCACAAAUUCAUAGAAGAACUUGUUAAAAUUGAUUUUCCUGGAUCAAAAGCAGUAUCUGAAGCAUCAUCCAAGUUUGGACCAGCCUUAGUUUCAGGUCCAGUUUUCUUUGUUUUUGAGAAGGUAUCAACUUUCAUAGUCACAGAAGAGAAAGUUGAAGAAGCACCAGCUACUACAGAAACAAAAACAGAAGAUGAAACAAGUGGUGUGAAAGAGAGGGAAAUAGUUGUUGAAGAAGAGAAAAAGGAAGAAACAAGUGAGAAAAUUGAAUCUGUUGCAGAGAAGGUUGAAGAAAAGGAUGCAGCUGAGCCGACUCCUCCUCCUGCCGAGAAACAGGAGGAAAAACCGGUUGAACCAGCUGCGGUUGAACAAGUAGAACCACCAAAGGCUUGAAAGUUUGUUGAUCAAGAUCACAAAUAUGUUGUAUAUGUGUAAUAGUUUGCAUAUACUAAAAAAUUGUUACAUACAAAUCUCUUAUUCUUUUAUAUGUCUGUAAUUGAAUUUGCUUUGCUUAGUUUGAUGCAUGUGAAAAUGUGAAUGUUUAUGGUGAAUCAUUUUGUAAUUUUCAUUUUUCUUUUUAAUGUCAAGGAAUUGUGACUUUGGAUUGGAUCAAAUGGUUCAUUCAAUCCUUUAUGUUUGUUGUUUCAUAUAUUAAAGUUGUCAAUUCCAUCUAUGUCCCUGUUUUGCUUUA